AUGUGGGCGUCACUGUUCUGGUUGGCCGCGCUGGCAGCACUCAGCAAGGCAUGCACGCCGAGCGUCACAACCGUGAGCGGGUCACACGCCCCCGCCACCGUCUGCUCGGGUGCUCUGAUCUUCAGCGAUGAGUUCAAUGAGUUUGACCUUGAGAAGUGGCAGCAUGAGAACACGCUUGGCGGCGGAGGUAACUGGGAGUUCCAGUACUACAGCAACAACCGCACCAACUCGUUCGUGCACAGCGGCAACCUGUUCAUCAGGCCUUCGCUGACGUCCAACCAGUUCGGCGACGCCUUCCUUACCAGCGGCACUUUGAACAUUCAUGGUGGAGCUCCCGCUGAUGAAUGUACAAACCCGCAAUGGUACGGCUGCGAGCGCACCGGUACCCCCACCAACGUAUUAAACCCAAUCAAGAGCGCGCGUGUGCGGACCGUCAACUCCUUCAACUUCCGCUAUGGACGCGUCGAGGUGCGCGCUAAGAUGCCCGCUGGAGACUGGCUGUGGCCUGCUAUCUGGCUAAUGCCCGCCCACAACGUGUACGGCACCUGGCCUUCCUCUGGCGAGAUCGACCUGGUGGAGUCCCGCGGCAACCGUAACAUGCUCCACAACGGCCUCCACAUCGGUACCCACGAGGCCAGCUCGACCCUGCACUACGGGCCCUACCCUGAGCUGAACGGCUAUGAAAGCGCUCACUGGAUCAGGAGGAAUACCAAUGGGUACAAUAGCAACUUCCAUCGCUAUCAGCUUGAAUGGACGCCAGACUUCCUAAGGUUCAGCAUCGAUGACGAGGAGCUGGCCCUCAUGGCUCCGGGCAAUGGCGGGUUCUGGGAACACGGCGGCUUCGGCCAAGGACGAGACAUCAGCAAUCCUUGGCGCUACGGCACUAAGAUGGCGCCUUUCGACCAAAAGUUUUACCUCAUUAUGAACCUUGCUGUCGGCGGCACCAUCGGAUUCUUCCCUGAUGGUGUGUCCAACCCUUCCCCCAAGCCUUGGUCGAAUGGCUCUCCUACUGCUUCGACAGACUUCUGGAACGCUCGGAACGAAUGGCUGCCGACCUGGAAUCUGGACGUGAAUGACGGCCAGGACGCCUCUAUGCAGGUCGACUACGUGCGAAUCUGGGCUCUCUAACAACCUUCUUUCUUCACAAAUGGGCAA